GACAUUUCCGCGUGUAAAUAAAUAUAAGUUUUAGGAGUUUUUUCGGGGAGGAACAAGUAUUUCCAAGCAGGAUAUAUUUUAGAACCCUUGGAUCACAUGAUUUCGGUUCAGAAUACAACUGCAAGGCGGCACUUCUUAUGGAGGAAGUACCAACUAAAGCCAUGUCAACUUGUGAGGACGUGUAGUUUGUGAUGUAUUUGAGUAAAAAAGGAGGUAAACUGGAGUAUACACGCAUGCUGAAGUUAAAGCGAACAUUUGACCUGCACAGAGAUGUGGUGUGUGAUCUGCGCAAGAAAGAAGCGUCAGUCUGCAGAGUCAAAGAAUACUCCGGAGAGGUGGACACUCGUAUUCUUAACAUUGAGUGUGAUGGGGGCAUCCUUUACUCCUGGAAGGGAGCCACGGGGACUACCAGAAUUGGGAAAUAUGCUCCCAGAACAAAACAAAACAAGCUCCUGUACACCUUUGACAAACAGGUGUGUGUAAGCAGCUGUUCCCUGAAUAAGGAGGAGACACUGUUAGCUGUGAGUCUGGCACAAAACAAAGGAGAAGUUGAUGGACUCAAACCAGUGUCCAAAUGCCUAACCUUGCUUAUAGAAAUCCACCCCAUCAACAACACGAAAGUCCUGAAGGCCGUGGAUUGUAGGGUCAAAGUUCAGUUCCUCCAUCAAGAAGAGACUGACAGGAGAUCAGUGCUGGAGAGCCACCUGCUGCUGCUGACUGAAGAUGGGUAUGUGGACCUGUACCACAUUUUACUGACCAGGCAGGAGGGAUACAGAGUGGUGAUGGCGUACCCAGAGAGACUGACCAGAACUGCAGAGAGGAUUGCAGAAGACUUUUGCUGGGUCCAGUGGGAUGGGUACACACAGAGACUGUACUAUGUGACUCAUAAGGGCAAGUUCCUGCUGCGAUGUGUGCAGUUCUAUCCAAAUCAUUACUGUGAAACUGUGCUGGAACUCCCAUUGGAGAUGCCGGCUAAUUCAUUCCCAGCAGUCAAGUUUGUGAAUCUGGGUUUCGACCAUUAUCACACAGAGAAACCAGAGCAAGAGCUUGUUAAAAUGGAAGUGUUCACAGACAGAAUAGGAAGCAUGUGCAUCUGCUACAAUCAUCCUUUGAACAAAAACAGCAAAGAAGUGGUCUACACUCUGGCUCUUGUCCACAAAGGCUGCAGUAAGACAUUUCAUGUGUCUCUGGGCAGCGUGGAGAUGCCAGAGAGAAGUGCUCAGCUCCAUCCUCUCUUCAUCCCCAUAGGUUACUACAUAGUUGUGUAUGUGGAGGGCCACUUCUUGCACCUUAUAAACACCAGGCAGCAGGAGAUGCUCUGCCACUCUCUGUUUCUCUCUGGUCAUGACGUGGACUUGGGGGUGCAGUGCCGAGCGGUCGACGUCAUGGUGAUGCAUUCGGAGGAAAAGGCCAGUGUUUCUCUGCUGGAGCUGAGCAGUGGGAGGGUACACUCUGCAGAGCUCAGUGCUGCUCACCUGCUGCAGAUACUCAGAGCUGACAAGGCUUUUAAGUGUCCCGACUGUGAGCCCGACCCUGAGCGCCUGGCUGCCCUUCACUGCCUGCUGGUUUACAUGGGAAACGACCCAAAUCUGGAGCUCAAGAUUAUUGAAUGGCUGUGCGAUGGCGUGAGCACCUUCCAGUCUUUUGAUCACAUCCAGGAGUUCAUUCUAGCCUCCUUGUACAGAAUAUGUUAUGAGAAAUCUUUGAACCUGGACAAAAUCCUGCCCUACUCCUGUGUGUUUGACAAGAAGGACAUACCAAAGAGUUUGCUAGUGAUCCCUGGAGUAACGUGCUUCACUGAGCUGCACACCGAGACCAUCUUCAAUAUCAAGGCCAGCAGUCUCGUGGGUUUUUGGUCCGAGCUGCAGUGGAACACAGAGAGGACAAAAUACCUGGAGGCCGUCCCCAACCCCAGAUACAGGACCUCACAUGUCCAGGCCGAGUGGGACAGACUGCUGAAGUCAAACAGGAGACUUUCGAGCCACACCAAUCACAUCGAGGAGAACACAAAGAAAGUGCUUUCAAUGGUGGACACAUGGAGUCUCGAUAAAAAGUUGGUACCACUUUUCCAAGAAGAGGAUCCCCAACAGAGGGCGCUAAUCGGCCUGACUGUUGACAAGCUGCGGGAUCAUCUCAACAGACACCUCCCUCGUUUGGGGAAGAAGAAAAUUGAUUCGCUAGUAGUCAACUAUGUGGCAAAGCUGCUGGAGCUCAUAAGGCACAUGCUGGAAACUGUGUGGCUCAAAUACAAGCUGGACCCACGUGCUUUGUCCCUUUCCCAGCGGGGCAGUGCGGCAGAGUGGUCCGUGUUUCAUUUCAUGUUUCGAAUCCUUGAAGCUGCAGUUGGCCUGUGCCUUCCUUUGCCUCCCGGCUUCCAUACCCUGUUAGCGGUGUUGGCUGUGCGCUGCCUGCCUCGGCACAGCUUCCUCCAGUACAUCGACCACAAACUGCUGCAGCUCACAGAGACAUUUGUGGCUCGGCUAAUGACGGAUUUGGACAACAGCGAUGACAACGAGAAAAUGAAAUUCAGCAUCCUCAAGAGACUACCUCAGCCCAUGAAGCGGACAAUCGUUCACAUGUGGGACCACCCCGUCACCUCAGCCUCAAUAUCCAAAGAUUAUGUCCACACACUGCUGGAGAAAUACAGCACAACAAAGGGAUUUGCACUCAGCGGCAGAGAGAGGCCUGGCUUCAGACCGGAGUUCCUGCCUCUCACCUACCUGGCAAAGAUGCUCUCUGAUAUCGAGGAGCAAGGUACAAACCCAUUUGAAGAACAAGAGAAUGUGGACACCAGAUUUGUGGAAGAGACUGCCCUGAAACAGACAUUCAUUCUCCUCGGUUUUGAGGAAAAGUGAGUAACAAAUAUGGCAACGAGCAGAAAUCUGUAGCUGUAGAGCAGAUGGAGAGAUGGAUGGACAGAAACAGCUCAAGGGGAAAAUGUGUUUGAUCGUGGAGCCAUCGACUUUGGGCCUGGAGGACAAGUAACGGCUGGAAGGAUGACAGAAACCCAGGACCAAAAAGAUGAAUGCAGAGCGUCUAAAGGCACAGAGCCCAUAAACAAGCUGUGACGAUUAGAUGACAAAUUAAGGCGGCCCGCGCGGAUAAAUGGGAGGUGAGGGGAGAAUAGAAGUGGCAGGAAGAUAUAUUUGGCCCAGACUGAAGAAAAUACAUCUAAUUUUUACAAUGGAUGCUGCUACACAAUGACCACAAUGCAAGGGGGAAUGACAACUGUGGGAUUAUUGUUGGUAAAAUAUGACAGUUAGAUUGCGUUUGUGUAAUCAUCUCUAUCCUGACUAGACUGGACCUAACAUAAACAAGCCUACUACUAUAUACUAGGUUGUUUCUUAACAGUACACACUGAAUGAAUGUACCGGUAGUUGAGUAAUUCAUAAUAAUAGAUAAGGCAAUUGUAUAGCACAAUUCGUAAAGUAAUUCAAAGUGCUUUACAGAAUAAGAAAGACUUUAAAAUCAAAAUACAAAUCAAAAGUUAAAUAAUAAUCAUAAAAUUUGCAUUAAAAGAGAAGAGUGCAGAAUAAAAACCUUUCUGUUAUAAUGACAACAUGAAUUGCUGUGAAACAUCUUGAGUGUUACAGCUACAGUACCAUCUGAGAACCAACAAAAUUACAGGAAAAUUAACAAAACAAAUAACUGUUUCUUACAAGUCUUAAGUCUAUACAUGGUCUUCGGUCCUAUUUAACCUCUAUUCCUUCUAGUUCAGUUAAAUAACCAUAAACACCAUUUAAGAAAAAAAAUUGAUUCAAGAAUAUUACCCAUGCAUUUUAAGAGGCUUUUUGCUGAAUGAAAACCAUAUAAAACCCGUUUGUUUUGGGGGUUUUUUUGGUCCAGUCAGGUACGUUGUAGUUGUUGUUGGAUAAGAACCAUGUGGAAACUAACUGAUAUGAUACUACCCUAAACAGCUGUAAUAGUUCAGAGUGACAGUGGGGGGGACUAAACGUUCAAACUGAAACAUAUUCUUCAUUCGUGGUUCAAAAUAGUACAAAUAAUGCCACUUGGACAAUGAUUCAUGAUCAUUACUGCAGCAACAGCUUCAAUAACACUGAAUCAAUUCAAGAUGUCAAGAAACAGAAUUUUCCCAAGUUGAAGCCUCUGACUUCACAUACACUUUUAAACUAGGAAAUAGUUUGCAAUGAAAUAUAGACUCCACUACAAUAUCUUGUUUGCCUUUAAUCACUAGAUCUUCCGUUUAAUUUUUACUAUGCCCUACAAGUAAUAGCAGGACCACCUGGCAGUAUCAUCAUAAUGCAUAUGCCCAUUUGCUUUAUUAUUACUGGGCCAAUCAACACAGGGCUGUUUAUAGCUUUGUGUUUUCAUUAGAACCUCAUCAUAAAGUAGCAGCGAGUGAGAUGAUGUGGAAUGAUGUUUUAGGAUCUCAUUUGUGCCAUUGCCCGAGCACCCUGAAUGAAACUGUAAGUCUACAAUAUACUGUACACAAUAGUGAAUUUAAAUACUGCACUGCAUUCUUUAAAAAUGAAGGAUAAGAAAAUCUAUCUUGCAGGCAUUUUGAAUCGAGCGUUACUGAGAAAAACAAUUCCGACUUUUAAGGGAGACAAUAAUUUCCAUAAAAAUAAAACAAAACUUUCAAAUUCUGUUCUGAGUUAUGUCGAAAUUCCACAAAAUUACUGUUUACUAUAUCUACAAAAGCCUAUCUAACAUGUUCUAAAAUCAUAUUUGUACAUAUAUAAAUGUACAAUUUUAAUGUUGCCACUUUUACACUAACCCUCUUCUCUACAUUUCGAACAAUACUCUACAGUAACCUGCCAAUAAUUUAUAGACCCCGAUGUCAAAAACAGCAGAGCAUUAUUAUAAAUCAAAUGCACUUGUUUGUCCCACUGUGCUUCCUGUAACUCUGCGCCCCAUCACUUUGAUUACAUGCUGACAAGAGGUUUGAACAAGCUGAACCUACUACAGUCACUCAGCAGCAGCAGGCAUUUGAAAUUACUCUUGUAUUCACCGGAUUUACAAAGCAGCGAGAGAUUUUAUUAUACAGACGUAGUGCUGAAAGAGGGUUAGGUGACAACUAAUACACCGAAAUAUAAUCUCACUGUUUGAAAUACACAGAUACUUAUUCAAAACUCAGUCUAUUAUUUGAUUUCUGCAAAUAUCAUUUUUUAAUAACCUGGCCUCCUGGUAUUUUCAGGUAGUCUGUGGAUCUCUUUCUAAGGGACAUUGAUGAACAUGUAGUAAUCAUCCAAUGGGAGAAUUUUUCCAAAUAACUAGGGCCCCCCAAGAAAUAUUGUUCCAACUUUAAUAUAUUGAACAAUAAGUCAAUAUAGUAAUUAUUUUUUAUUUACUCUAUGUAACAUUUCUGCUGCCACUGUAGCACUGCUUUUUACGACUAUAAACUUCUCAAAAAAUCUAACUCGACAAUACUUAACUCCAUUUUUAAUCCAAUCCAAACGUAAAAACAUUGAAAAAAAAAAAAUCUCACAAGAUCAUUGUGUAUCUGUGCAUAAUCUUGUGGCAAUUUUGUUUUGUGAGAUCUUAUGGCAUGAGUUUUUUUGUUGUUGUUUUUUUCUCAAUGCAAUUAUCCAGUCACCGAUUCUUCACAACUAAUGCUUUAUAGUGUGCAACAGUAAC